AUGCCGCCAAAUGUCGUCACGGGGUCACUCGGGGCGACCAGCUUCCAACGGAAACCCGCUGCCCUGACAAAGGUGGACGGCGACGCAAAAUACUUUAGACCAGGGCGCAAGAGGUUUGUGGCCCUGAGCGGCAGGCAUGGGUGUCUGUCGCUCAAUAUGGGGCUCGUGAGGGAUGCUGUGUCUAUUGCACCGGCACAGCAUCAUUUAGAAGAGGAGGCUCAAAAAGACCAGAAACUACAAGAUUGCGUCUACGUGUUCCAAUGUGAAAUGGCUGCUUCCGUAAUCAACACAUACUCUGACCCUACUCUUGAAUGGAUGAAUACCCCACACAGUACGGGCACAUCAAUUAUGGCUUGCGAGUUCGACGGCGGCGUUGUUAUAGGCGCUGAUUCUCGCACUACUACCGGCGCAUACAUUGCUAACAGAGUAACAGACAAGCUGACUAGGAUCACCGACCACAUAUACUGCUGCCGCUCCGGCUCGGCUGCAGACACUCAAGCAAUUGCUGAUAUUGUAACCUACCACCUCAAUUUCCAUAAAAUGGAAUUGGGUGAACCUCCGCUAGUACAAACAGCUGCUGCAAUUUUUCGUGAACUCUGUUAUAAUUACCGUGAUUCUUUAGUUGCUGGAAUUUUGGUUGCAGGAUGGGAUAAGAAAAAAGGAGGUCAAAUAUACUCUGUACCCAUUGGUGGCAUGGUGCAACGUCAGGCUGUGUCUAUUGGUGGAUCUGGAUCUUCUUAUGUAUAUGGUUAUGUUGAUGCAAACUUCAAGCCGAACAUGACCAAGGAUGAAGCUGUGAAGUUUGUUACAAACACACUUACACUAGCCAUGUUGCGUGAUGGAUCUUCCGGUGGUGUUGUUCGCUUGGGUGUUAUCACAGAAGCGGGUGUUGAGCGUUCUGUGAUCCUCGGGGAUCAAUUGCCUAAAUUCUAUGAAGGC